AUGAGUCAAGACAUAACUGAUUUGAAAGCUUUUAAGGAAGAAGUAACUUCUAACUUGCAAAACCAAGGAGCUGCCAUCCAGAAGCUAGAAAAUCAAAUUGUGUACUUGUCUAAGCAAACCCCUGGGCCAAGCGUUUCUCAUGCUGCCAAGGCUAUUGCAAGGGAAGAAUGUAAAGCCAUAACCCUCAGAAGUGGAAAGAAGCUAAGGGAGAUCUCAAAGGAAACCACAGAGGAUGAAGCAAAGGAAGAUGUGGGAGACAAGGAACAGGGACCAUCUUUUACACCAUCUGCAACAAAAGAAAAAGAAAAAGAGGUCCUGAAGCCUUAUACACCCAAAGUACCAUAUCCUCAGCGUUUGAUGAAAAGUGAAAAGGAUGGCCAAUUCUCCAGAUUCUUGGAGAUUUUCAAGAAGCUUCAAAUCAACAUUCUUGCCAUCAUUCAACACAAAUUGCCUCAGAAAUUGAAGGAUCCAGGCAGUUUCCAAAUCCCAUGCAUCAUAGGAGAAGUCAUGGUGGAGAAGGCCUUGUGUGACUUAGGGGCCAGUAUCAAUUUGAUGUCUCUAACAAUGAUGAAAAGAAUGAAGAUUGAGGAAGCCAAACCAACAAGAAUGGCCCUCCAAUUGGCAGAUCGAACUUUCAAGUUCCCUCAUGGAAUAGUUGAAGAUUUGUUGGUGAAGGUGGGAGAUUUUAUAUUCCCUGCUGAUUUUGUGGUGUUAGAUAUGGAGGAAGAAGCCAAAGCUUCGAUAAUCCUGGGAAGACCCUUCCUGGCUACUGCUGGAGCCAUCAUAGAUGUUCAAAAGGGUGAACUCACUCUUAGACUACAUGAUGAGAAAUUGGUGUUUAAUGUAUUCAAGGCAAUGAGCUAUCCAUCAGAAUCACUAAAGGAAUGCAUGAGGGUGGAUGUAGUGGACAUUGCAGUACAAGAAAUCUUUGAGGAAACAACAAAGGAAGUGGCAGAGGAAGAGUUCACCAAAGAUAUUGAAGUUAGUGACAUCAAGGCUGCUGAAACAACCAUGCCAAGCAUGUCAGAGAAAGUGAAAGAAGAAAAGGGAGCACCAAAACCUGAGCUCAAAGCAUUGCCCCCUAAUCUCAAGUAUGCAUACUUGGGUAGUGAUGAGAGCCAUCCUGUUAUCAUCAGCUCUGCCCUGAGCCAAGAACAGGAAGAAGAAUUGAUUAAGGAAUUUGACAUUGAAAUCAAAGACAAGAAGGGUGUAGAGAACAAGGUGGCAGACCAUUUAUCAAGGAUACCAUGUGAAGAAGGAAGCCCACAAAGCACACAUAUAAAUGAGUGCUUUCCUGAUGAACAACUCAUGAUAAUUCACAAAACACCCUGGUUUGCAGACAUAGCAAACUUCAAAGCCACUGGGAAAGAUGCAUAUCAGAAGAAGAAGGAAGGGAAGUCUUAUGGGACUGCCAUGGUUCCACUUAUGGAGGACACUUUGCAGGAGAAAGAACAGCAGCUAAGGUGUUGCAGUGUGGAUUUUAUUGGCCCACUAUCUUCAAAGAUGCAAAGGAACUAG